AUGGACAUCACGGUCCCAACAUUUAGGGCCGGUUUGGUGAUAUCCUCCGUGGUCCGUGCAAGCUCGUUCCACUCACCGGUCACCACACACACUCGUCACAGGAAAAUUUGUGGCGUGAGAAGCUGGGCCGAGCAGAAGAUGGACGGACGCAGAGCAGCACCGCCGCCGGCGUCGCGGAUUAGUGGCUGGCACGCCGAGGACGAGUCCGAGCUGGGCGAGGAGGAGCUCGGUGUCUUCACCGCCGAGCGCUACUUCAACGGCGCCCUCGGCGCCGAGGAGGCUUUGUGGUGCGACCGCUCGUCGUCGUCGUUCUCGUCCGCGUUCAAGACAUGGCAGCACGACGGGUCUGCCCCGACGCCGACGGCUGCCACCAGCUCGUCGGAGGCCAGCUGGAACAGCCGCUCUGCGCUUCUGCCUAACCGUCCGGCGAUGGCAGUCCCCUCGCCCGUUGAGGGCAAGCCGGAUUCCAGGACAGAGAGUGAUCAGACCGGAAGAAAGGCACGCUCGUCGUCAUCUCACCUGCGACGUUGGCUUCUCGGCAUGGCAGGGCGCGCCUGCGCCUGGGGCGACGGCGAGGAGUCUGUGGGCACCGACGACCCGAGCCGGCAUGAAUUGGAGUCCGGCUCUGUUCACGGUGGCCAGAAACGCAGCCCCGAAGCGGAUGCGGCGCUACCAAGAAUGACGAGCAAGCAGACCGCCGUGGAGGACGGCACCACGGCGAGGGUGAUGUUUGGCAAGAGGGCCGACGACGGCGACGCACCACCUACCCUGCUGGUCGCGGAAGCUACGCACAGACGAGCUGCAAACUCCGGCGAAUUGCCCAUGAGGAUGCUGGAUCCGGCGGUGAACGCGUCGUACAAGUACAACGACCGGCUCCGGCGGGAAUCUUUGGAUAUGUUUCACCAGGCAGGCCAAGGCUCUGCCAUCACAAUCGUGGCUGGAAGCACGGCGCGGGGUGGUGCCGCAACUGCAAGUGCAGGCAGCGGUGCUAGAGGAAGCCCCGACACACCAAGCAGGAGGCGCGACUCCGGCGAUCUCGAGAGCGUGUGCCCGCCGAGCGAGGCGAGCGUGGUGUGGAGCGUGGUCACCGCGGAAGGCGCCGCGUCCGGCAACUUCUCCAGCGCGGCCUCUGGAUGCCACUAUUACUUCAACGACGGCGACGGAGAGACGACGCGGCACGCGGCGGCAGGAGGAAAGAUCAACCGGAGGAGACGAAGCAACGGCGGCGGCUUGCUGAUGGGCUGUAUGUCCAAGAGGGCCGUCGACGCCGUCGGCUCCGCCUCGGACGUGCGUCUACCGGCCGGAGGUAGAGCCGGCGCCGGUGGCGAGGUGAACGGCCGAGACGUGACGCGCCGCCGGUAGGUGUGCUCGGUUUUGGUGUAUGCGACGAUUGAGAUGUGGACUUGGAUGCAUGCAUGGACCGGUGGAUGUGUAUUUUUCUUGAAAAAAAGUAGUAAUGGAUCAUUUUUAUUUGCAAUAGAGAAGUACUCUAAUUGCGAUAGGGAUGCGGUGUGGACGAUGCUCUUCAAAGCUGCCAUUAUCAGGCGUACUGUCCGCAUACAUACACGCGGGAUGGUACAUUUCACAAUAAUCGUGGAAACAAUUUUCAGAACCCUACAAUGAACUUGGUCUAUAUGGCG